AUGCCAGAACAAGAUGCUCUUAUUCUAUCAUUCUCACAUUUACCGGAUUUUCCGCGCGCUCCCGAUGCUCUCCAAACGCUGAAGAAGGUGGCCUCCUUGGUCAAGCCCAUCAUGCGAGUUAGGGGGUGGAAGGUGCGAGAGCUAGCUGAGUUUUAUCCAGAUCAAGCAAACCUCCUCGGCCAGCGCCUUGGUGGCUCUGGACCCAGCAUCGGUUCAGAUAUCCGGCGAACCAUCGUGGGCGCAAUAGAGCGUAGAAACACCACGCUGCAGGGAUGCGGUAAUACGAAUCACAAUGAUAGGGAGAUUCAACAAAUCUCCGAGACAGCUACGAAGAACGGCUUCCGUACGCAGGCCGAAGAAGACGCGGCUAAUGAAGCUGCAAUUGCGCAAGCUCUCUGGGAACUGGUACAAGAAGAAGAGCGCCAACGGACCAGGAACGAGACCUCCAUCGAUACCAAGGCCAGAGACUCGGCCACCAGUUGUGUCUGCGCCGGUGCCCCAACCAGCUCCGCAACGGGGCUGGACAUGCGGAGUACGCUGACAUGGCUGACAACUUACAAGCAAAGUAAACGGAGAGGAAUCGAGUCAUUGUGUGGAUCGCACACGGGUGGCAUGCACCCAGCACAUGUCAAGACAAAGAUGCGCCAUGAUAUGGAAUCUUUCAGUGGCACGAACGAGCUACCCUCGAGCUACACUCGAGCUACUCUGCUUCUGUCUAGGUACGAGGUUGAACGACGUUUGGUUGCGUUCUGA